AUGUCAGACUACAAAUGGGAAUUAGGAACCUAUUUUUCCAAAAAGAAUGAUUUUAAGGAGGCAAUUACUUCUUAUGAAGUCCAGUCAGGAAGGGAUUUGAGAUUCUCUAAAAAUGAUAAACAAAGGGUAAGAGUGAUAUGUAAAGAAGGGUGUGAUUAUAAUGCAUAUUGUGGCAAGUUACCAUAUGAAGAUUCUUGGUAA